GCAUUUCUCUUACAAAAAUGAGUUUGACGUGCCAUAGCAUUGUUGACUCCUAAGUCCUAAUACUCCCCUAUCGACUCACCUUCAACGCAUCAUCUACAAAUCGUCUGCCGGAUUAUAUCACGGAGUUUGGAUUGCCGGAGUUGACGCGAUCCCGACUGUAGCACGGCAAUUCAGUGCCGGAUUCAAGAAUUUCGGGGUUUAACGGUGGAGAUCUGAUGGCGGACGGCGGAAACCCAUCUAGGUAUGUAAAGUUGACAAAGGAUCAGACGCCGGUCGAGGACAUCAAUCCCGGCGAGCUCAAUAUGCCCAUUGAUGUUCAUCAGUUAUCGGCUCGCAAGUGCAAUGAAUGUGGGCAGCCUUUACCUGAAAGUUUUGCACCCCCUGCUGAUGAGCCGUGGACAACAGGGAUCUUUGGAUGUACUGAAGAUAUGGAUAGUUGUUGGACAGGACUUUUUUGCCCCUGCGUCCUGUUUGGGCGUAACGUUGAGCAAUUGAGAGAUGAUACUCCUUGGAGCCGUGCCUGUAUUUGCCAUGCUGUUUUUGUGGAGGGAGGUAUUGCUCUUGCAGUAGCAACGGCGGCAUUAAAUGGCAUUGUGCUUGAUCCCAGGCAAGCCUUCCUUAUCUGUGAAGGCUUGGUCUUCAGUUGGUGGGUGUGUGGAAUAUAUACUGGGCUAUUUCGGCAAUCACUUCAAAAGAAGUAUCAUCUGAAGAAUUCCCCGUGUGACCCCUGCGCGGUGCACUGCUGCAUGCACUGGUGUGCCCUGUGCCAGGAGCAUAGAGAGAUGAAGGGACGUCUAUCCGACGAUAACGCCAUCACACCUAUGACCAUAGUCAACCCUCCACCUGUCCAAUACAUGACUCGCACUUCCGACGAUGCUGGUGGUGAUGGUGGUGGCCAUGGCCAUGGCCAUGAAUCCUCUGCUGCCGGCCACACAAACCUUGAGAUGCAACCUCUGUGAAAGCCUACACAGUUUCUAGUCUCCUCUCAGGAACAGACUUGUUUGAAAAAGGACCAAAAGGUACUACUGAGUAGUACUAUACCAGUAAUAUACUUACUACAAAAGACCAUUGAGUUGCUCUUUUGGUGGUAAUAUCAGCUAUUUUUCAUGCUUAUAUACUCCUUCCUCCUGCAUAUAACAUUUCAAAUUUUUUUAGUCAAAUUGAAUAACUUUAAGACCACGUU